CCCUGGACGGCCGUCUGAGAGGGGGAGCUGGUCUCCGUGUUCACUUUGCCUGGAAACUCUGCCAUGACUCCCGACAGGGACACGGAGAAACUGUUCGGAAACGAAUCUGACGUUCUGGGACACCGCUGUGUUACAGGGUCCGCCGUUCUACCGGCCCGGCCGUGGUCUUCACGCUGCCGGGAGGUCGCAGCCCGGCGGUUUCUGCUCGGCGCGGAAGUGGAGCGGCCCCACGCCGGCGCGGUCCUGCGCGGAGUGCGGCUGCGCGGCGAGCAGCACCUGGCCGCCUCGCCGGUGCGCAGGGCAGUGAGCCCGAGGUUUCGGCACAGCCUUCCGCCCCGGCAGACGCAGCGGGCAGGAGUCAUGCCCGGCCUGAGCAAGCUCCCUCUGGAGGCGAAGGUGGCGAUGGCGACGGGGCUGGUGUUUUUCUCCAUGCUGGUGUCCAGGUCCGUCUUGUCCGCCCGGAUCCCGGAAGGCACCAGAGCCAAACUCUUCAGGCUGCAGUUUCUGCUCUUCGUCAACUCCCUCAUGCUGAUUGGCUCGGUGCGCAUCUGGAAGCGGGUGGCGGUGGGCCUGUGCCGGUGGCGGGGGGAGUCGUGUCUGACGCACUGCUGGAAACUCGCCGUCCUGCUCUUCCUCACCUCCGCCCACUCCAGCUUCCUCACCCUGCUGGUUCUGGUGUCGGAGGAGCCCUCCUGGAUCGGUCUGGUCACUUACACCUGCCUGGGGUCCUACGUUAUCCUGCUGUUUUUCCUCUUCGUGUUCGGGUGGCUGGACCAGGCCCGCAAGCUGCUGGCCGGCAGCAGGUCGGCGGCGUCGCAAGCGCCGGGGGCGGCUGACCGGCACCCCAAGAGGAAGGACGUGCUGGCUAUCGGGGUGACGCUGGCUCUCACCGUCCUGGGGCUCCUCAACGGCGCCCAGCCUCCCGCGGUCGUGCGUGUGGAAAUUCCCGUGCACAAACUGCCCCCCUCCUUCGAUAACGCGAAGCUGGUCCUGCUGUCGGACAUCCACCUGGGCCCCACGGUGGGGAAGAGCCGGCUGGAGAUGAUCGUUAGCAUGGUGAACCAGCUCCAGCCAGGUGAGGACGGGCCGGGCGCAGCGGGCCUGCUGGGACAUGGUGGCGAUUGUGGGCGACCUGACGGACUCCCAGGUGGACCCUCUUCAGACUGUGACGGAGCCUCUGCGCCACAUGAAGUCCAGGCUGGGCACCUACUUCGUCACAGGCAACCACGAGUACUACACCGGGGAUGUGGACCGCUGGUUCAGCCACCUCAAGACGCUGAACGUGCAGCCCCUCCACAACGGGAACGUCCGGGUCGCGCUGCCCGAGUCCAGCGAGGAGUGGUUCUGCCUGGCCGGUGUGGACGACCUGGAGGCCUCUGUGUUACAGUACCCAGGGCAUGGCAUGGACUUGGCAAGGGCGCUGUCGGGAUGCAGCACGGAGAAAGCCAUCAUCCUCCUGGCCCAUCAGCCCCACGCCGCCAAGAGGGCACUACAGGAGCGCCCGGACAUCAGCCUGGUACUCUCAGGACACACCCAUGCCGGCCAGAUCUUCCCCCUCAGCAUCCCGGCCUACCUCUUGAACCCUUUCUUCGCUGGCCUGUACCGCGUGGGAGACAGCAGCUUCGUGUACGUGACCCCCGGCACCGUGUACUACGGCGUGCCCAUGCGCAUCGGCAGCAGAGCCGAGAUCACGGAGAUCAUCCUCAAGUCGCCUUCGGGACCCGACACCAGCACAGGCGCACGAGGAGAGAGAGCUUCCUAAUCUUUGUGAACACCUGAAUAAUUCCAUUUUGCACUAAGAACCCCUGUCCCUGCGCAACAGCAGGAGCCUGGUUUACAGAACGCCUCCUCUCUGCUCUCCCUGCGUUCAUGCGAACUUGCUGUCCUACCAGAGAACGUGGGAUCCUGCCCCCCGCCCCCAGCGGAAAGAGAAGCCUCCAGGUUUGGUCAGCAUUCCAUCUGCGUUGUGCCAUCGCCUCAGCUCCGCCCGGGUGUCCCGAAUUCCACCAGGGACAGCGGCGGCUCUGGACCCAGCCUGUCCCCGUGGGCAAGGGAGGGGGGAUGGGGGAGGGCUGGCAGCCUUCUAGUCUUUCAGAUUGCUUUAGGCCUUUUGAAAAAAAUGCAGAUCUUCCAGAGCCGGUUUGUGGGUUUCCCUCUGAUCGACACUUGAACGGCA